AUUUAUAAGCUGCCAAGGGCGAAUGAAUGGCGGCGGGCCUUGAGUUUGCGGCUGUUAGGAAAAAUACAGGACACGCGCGCAUAAAUGACGUGCAUGAAUCUGCAUAGUAUUCAGGUGUAUUUGUUUAGUUAACCAGCUUCAUUAAAAAUUCUCAAUCGUAGUUAUGCGUCUAAAAGAGGAAGUAGCAUAGUGCAAAGAAAACUCGCUGGCUGUCGCUGAACCUGCAAUGGGAAUUUACGUUGUUCUUGCGCUGGUUCUGUAUGUUCUGUUUGAUGUAAACUAUUUUAUACAGUACAUUCUUCUGAUAGCACGCGGCUUUCUCCUAUGGCGACACACGAAGAGGCCAUUCCUGGAGCCCGACGUGACCACUGGAAUGUGCUCACUCAGUGAUCUUGACCACAUGAUUCACAUGAACAAUGUUAAGUAUCUCCGUGCCUUCGAGUUUGGCCGAGCUGCGUUUGGUAUAAAGAACGGACUGUGGCGUAAUGCAAGGGUCUUGAAAGCUCAUCUGCUCAUCAGUGCUCAAGUGGUGCGCUAUCGAAGGCCGGUCACACUUUUUCAGGCUUUCGAAAUCCAUUCCAAGGUUGUGCACUGGGAAGACAGAGAUAUCUUUAUUGAACAGCAGAUGAUCACAGUCAACGACAAUUUUGUUCGAGCAGUAUGCUUGGUAAAAAUGACGCUUGUGGACGGGACACUGAAUGACUUGCUGGCAUCGCUAGAUGUUGAUCCUAGUUCCAAGCCAACGCCAGUCCCUCGUGAUAUCCAGCUUUUUAUAGACUAUAAUCGUGCCAGCAGUGCUAGGCUAAAUGCACAAAGAGAUAAGCUUCAGAACACUAAGCGUUCAGACUGAAAUUCUGGCUAAAUCGACUACAUGCACUUCUUGAAACUGUCGUUACUUGCAGUAAUUAUAACACUAGUUCUGGUUGCCACACAAUGAACUUAUAGGGUGGGCUGUCUGCGGGAUUUUGACUGUUGGCACUGUAAAUACAUAUUUAAAGCCUUGAGCUUGUCAUGUUUAUGACAGCAUGCCUAAAGCAGUAUUGAUCCAGGGCCAACUGCACUAUUAUGGAUGGUCAUCUUUCACUUGCUGCAGUUGUUUUACAAGACAGUAUGUUUACGUGUGCAGUAGACACGAUAAUUCAAUCUCGGUGGAACCUCAGAAUCUUGUUUGAAUUAUCAGAAGUUCUCGAUCAUACCAACUUGUGUUGUGAUGUUUAUUGAUUCUCAGGGCCGCAGCAACAUCAUAGGCAGCUCUCCACGAUUGGAAAUAAAGUUUUUAGACGUCAGUGACUAUACUGGUAUUCAUCGUUAUAAAAUAUGAGUGUGGCUGUGUAAUUCAGGGUGAAAUAAUUUGUGCCCUGUUACAACUGGUAGCGUCUUCACACUCUUGAGCGCUUUUUCGCAUGACAGUGGUGUACUGCGGCGAAAGUGACUUUAGGAGGUGUUCAGCACUCGGCUGGUUCAAGGCCAGACUGUCUCGGCUUUUCUUUUUCAUCUGGCAGUAUGUUAUUGUUGGUGUGCGUGGUUAGCUAGUAUGGCUGAUUCGUAUACAAGCAAUCGACUUUAUCUGCGGCCGUUAGUCACAUAAAAACGCAAGUGUUCACCUAGAAACGGCUAAGGCAUCGGAUGUUGUGGUUAUAAUAUAAUGUUUUACAAUGCA